UUAUAUUUUAAUUUAUUUUUUAUAUUUAUUUUAUUAUUGUCAGGGAUAUGUGUUUAUGCGCAACAACCUUCCUUUGUUGUUUAAGUUGAUUUAUUGUUUUAUUUUUUGAAAAUAAAAUUAAAAUGUUAUUUGACAAAACCCUUUAAACACGCAGAGAAAAACAAUUUAAAUCAGACUUAGAAAAUACAGUAGAUCAUUUAUUUUGUCCUCACUGGCCCCUCUGGGCUUCCGUACAGAGUCCUCCCGACCUGCUUUACUUUCCCAUGACAUUCCUCAGAACUGUUUAAGUCACAUGAAUAUUUCAGAAUAAUUACAACUAAGAAGAUGCAUAAUUAUCUUUGAGGAAAGCUGUUCAGCGGUUGAUGUUUGCACACGAUUUCCUUUUCUUUCUGAUUUUUAACCUCAACGAGUAAAAGUCUCAAAGUAAAAUCCCGUGGAGCCUCGAGACGAGACAAACUGUGGAGCGAAGGAGGAACUUCAAUAAAUACACAAUCUUUGUUAGUAAUGAAAUGUUUGCUUUGGUUGUUUUUGCGUUUGUAUCCUUGUAUCCCUCUAAAUUCCUCAAGUACUGAACAAGUUUGAGGUACUUAUACUCUACUUUAGUAUUUGUAUGCUUCUUUAUACUUCUACUCGACUGCAUAUCAACAUAAAAACAAGAGUAAGAGUCUUAAACCACUGUUGUGGUCACUAGAGACUAAAAGCUAAAUGCUAAGAAAUAUAACGCUAAUAUCUGAUUAUGGACAAGUAUAAAAAAAUACAAGGUAAGGCACAAGUUUCACAGAAAGACAUUCAGUCCAAGCCACAACAUGUGGAUAAAUUGUCUAUAUGAAACAAAAGCUUUUGUAUCUUCCAGACCAGGUCCAGGAGGAGCUGAACAGGGUGAUAGGAAGUCGUGAAGUGCAGGCGGAGGACAGGAAGAACCUGCACUUCACCAACGCUGUCAUCCAUGAGACACAGAGACUAGUCAGCAUUGCCCCAAUGUCCCUUCCUCACAAAACUACCCAGGAUGUGAUCUUCCAGGGUCACUUCAUCAAGAAGGGAACCGCAGUGAUUCCUCUCUUGAUAUCUGUCCUGCAUGAUGAGAGUGAGUGGGAGAACCCACACAGCUUUCAUCCUGCUCACUUCCUGGACAAAGAUGAGAAGUUCAUCAAGCGAGAAGCCUUCAUGCCUUUUUCUGCAGGUCGCAGAGCUUGUCCCGGAGAGAGUUUGGCCAGGAUGGAGCUCUUCAUCUUCUUCACCAGCCUCCUGCAGAACUUUCGUUUCACUCCUCCACCUGGAGUUUCAGAGGAUGAACUGGAUCUGACUCCACAAUUACGCCUCGGUCUCAACCCAUCACCUCAUAAACUGUGUGCUGCCCCCCGAACAUGGGCUUGAAAAUAUAAAAAGUGGUAUAACAGUUGUUAAAAUGUCCAACAUCAUUGAUUUCAUUCAGAAAAUGUAUGCUGAAGUAAGUAGUUAAUUCUUCAUUAACUACUUACUAUGUACGCCUGCAGAGAACAAUCAUCUUGAAACUAUUACGUCUUUUAUUAACUUGAGGUGCGAAAUAGAAAUGUAACAUUUUGAUGUACUCAAUAAACAAGAGCUCAACAUAUCUGACCUUUGGGGCAGUAACUCUC